AUGGAUCUCGUCAACAAUCUCGAAGGACGCCUGCUCUUUGCGGUACCAAAAAAGGGCCGACUGAACCAAGCUGCGUUGAAUCUCCUAGAGGGCGCCGAUAUCCAGUUUCGCCGCGAGAACCGCCUCGACAUCGCCCUUGUCAAGAACCUCCCCAUAGCCCUCAUCUUCCUGCCCGCUGCGGACAUCCCCACGUUUGUCGGCCAGGGCCGCGUUGACCUUGGCAUUACGGGAUGGGACCAGGUCAAGGAGCACGAUGCUGCCGUCAAGGCCGCCGCCAGCGAGGAUCCUUCUUCGCCAGUCUCGGGCAGCGAGAUGGUUAUGGAGCUGGAGUUUGGCGCAUGCAAGCUCCAAGUUCAGGUCCCCAAGAAGGGACAAUACGCCACCAGCACAGACCUGAUCGGCCGCACCAUUGGCACGAGUUUCGUCAGCCUGACUGAAGAGUAUUUUGCCCAGCUGGAGGCACAGUCCAGCGGAGCUGCGCCUCAGAAACUGCGAACCAAGAUCAUCGAACUGAGCGGUAGUGUUGAGGCAGCUUGUGCGCUAGGCGUCGCCGAUGGCAUCGUGGAUCUUGUUGAAUCGGGAGAGACCAUGAGAGCUGCGGGACUCAAGGCCAUCGACACGGUUGUCGAGUCGGUGGCUGUCCUCAUCAAGUCUCGCUCACCGUCUAAGCCGGACCUGGUAGACCUCAUUGCGGCACGUAUCCGUGGUGUCAUCACUGCCCAGCGAUAUGUUUUGUGCCAAUACAACAUUGAGCGGUCGAGCAUCGCUGCGGCUACGAAGAUCACGCCGGGAAAGCGUGCUCCCACAAUCACAUCACUAGAUAAUGGCUGGGUUGCUAUGAGCUCAAUGGUCGAAAAGAAGAAGAUUGCGCUCGUCAUGGAUGACUUGAAGCGAGUGGGAGCUCAGGAUAUUCUGGUCCUGGACAUCCACAACACACGAUAA